AUGUGGUAUCAAGAUCCCGUUGUUGAUAUUUGUGAGGUCGCUCAGCGUAUUAGCCCAAGUUACACAGCAUUACACGAAGAAAAAGAAACGAAGAAAACACAGAGUGAAAUCCACGGAAACCAUUUCUUAAAUGUCUUCAAGAGACCCCCAGCUCUCCACGUCGACACACAUGCGUUGUGGCAUCGUACAAUCCAACAACGAGAGAGCCAGAAACGAAACAAAAUAUCGCAGAAACCGGGUACGGCGCGGGCCAACGACACCACCCUACCCUACAUGCAUUCCCCAGCAUCUCGCACGCAUGUACGUAUCCGCAACGCAUGCUUCUCAGUUGUUAUUCUGUUUGCCUGUUGUUAUUACCCCCAAAGCAAGGAGCGUACCUGCUCAAAUGCCUCGAGUGUCUCAGACUCGUCAUGUGAUCCCGACGGAAUGCACGCAGGGUACACCUCUCCGCCAGCAGUCGAGGACAGUGUCGCAGAUACACAGAAAACGGAACGAGACUUGGUUUUGAUAAACAACAUUGCGGGCAAGGCAAAAAGGCCCUGUAGAUUGUUUCGCAGCGUUCAAUCUCGAACCGCGAACCUAGCUAUCCGUAGAGACGUCACAGUAGACUACUUGACCUUGACGGCAAUUCUCUGGACCAUCUUGUCUGCUACAUAUGAUCUCCUUUCUUCGGCGCAAUGUGCGCGAGUUUCGACAAGUUUGAAGUCGGUGGAGCGUACCCAUUUCGCCGAUGAUCUCUACCAACGCCAAGAAUGCAGUCUUUUGAAGAAGACUAUCAACAUCAUCAAAAGUCACGUGAAACUUGCGUGGGAUGGUUCAAAAUUGGUUGCUCAAUGUGAGCUCGUUAUCGUCAUUGUUUUCAUCAAGCCUUCUUCUCCAACCGCUAUGAUACAACACGAGUGUCCUCGAAUCCUACAGCUGGCUCAUAAGCGUUUGUGUCCCUCCUUUGGGAGACCAUCUCCCUCUUUCUCAAGUGUCGUUGCGGGCCUCGGUCCCCUACCUCCAGGAGGACUUUGGUCCAAGGCAGUGAAGUUACGCUUCCCAACAACCGUGACGCCCGGUUCAUAUCUCUAA